AUGAACGCUCCGCAUCGUCCUCCGGCCCAGCCUGUGGCCUUGCCGCCCCAGCGGCCGCAGGUUGGCAUUGAGCGCUUGCCGACUCGGAAUGUCACCACGGAGCCCCGUGAAUCCAUGAAUUGCAAGUCAUGCCGGAAGCGAAAGAUCAAGUGUAAUCGCCUUCGCCCAUCUUGCGAGGCGUGCCUGGUGUUUCAAUGCCCUUGUAUAUACGAUGCCGUACCGAAGAAGCGUGGACCAAAGACGGAUGUCUUGGAGGCCCUCUUGAAGAGAGUGGAUGGGCUAGAAGCCAAGCUCAAGGAGAAGAAUGCCGAAGGCGAGCAGGGUUCCGCAUCAUCGACCACGGAAAAUCAAGAGACCUCAACGACUGAAUCGUCGACAAAGAGGCAACCUGCUGAGCGAGAUAUUGCGGAACCUGUUGCCAAGCGACGGGCGACCGAAGAAAAGACGACACCCAAUGUCACGGAGCUGCCACUUUACUCCCCGCAGACCUCGACAACUGGGGAACCUGCCACCCCUUCCAUACAGACAGACGCUCUUCUUGAUACAUAUUUUACCCGCUUCCACAAUAAGCCGUUCCACAUCUUUGACGAGUCCUUGAUCCGAAAACGCGUCAACCAAAACCAGCUCCCUCCUUUCUUAUUCGAUGCCAUUGCCGCGGUCGCUGCUAGGCAUACACCGCAUCCUCUCGGUUUCCGUGCGGCUGUCAAGUUGGGCGACGAAUAUGCCUCUCGCGCGAGGAGUGCCAUUGACAUCGAUGAGCCUUCCAUUGAUAACCUCCAAGCAAUUGUUUUACUUGCAAUUGCAUUCACGGCCUCGGGCAAAGGGAGGAAAGCCUUUAUGUUAAUAAGCAACGCCAUUGGCAUGAUUAUGGCACUCGAAUUGCAUCGCGAGGUGGACCAACAGGCACAGGUAACCCCGACGGAACGGGAAACGCGGAGACAACUCUUCUGGUCAUGCUAUCUCCUGGAUCGCUUUGCGGCCUGCGGUUCUAAGCGCCCAUCCCUCAUUAGUGACGAUUCCAUCGCAUUACGACUCCCAUCAUGGUAUUCGGCGGCCUCCAAUCUUCAUGUGGACGGUGAUUUCUUUCUCUGCGGAUCUAACCUGCAGUACUUUCAGGGCAGUGGCAAGAAGUCCCAGGGCACCUCAGGUAUGCUUAUCGACAUAACGCGCAUUCUCGGUGUGACGAAUCGAUAUCUGGCGGCAGGAGGCGUCAAGGGCGAUUCGCAUUUCCCUUGGCACUCUCUGUCAAAUCUAUCCAAGAUUAGGCAGGAUCUCGACGUGUGGGCAUCUGGCACGGAUGGCAUAUUCGCAUCGAUGGACGUCCUCUUCGGUCAGCAAGAUUCGACUACUCUUGUCUUAUGCAAGCUCAUAUAUCACCUCAUCCACUGUCUGAUCUACCGACCAUUCCUCCCAAUCAGCCUAGCCGAAUUGGCGGGAAAUGGACAGCACCAGUCGUGGCAGAUUGAGGCGACCAACAUGUGCUUCUUCCAUGCAAAUGCCAUUACGGAGCUCGCCGAAAUGGGUAGGCAGAUGCAGACUAUUGAGUGGCCAUCGUUUGUCGGUUACUGCAUCUGCACCGCCGGUACCGUCCACAUUCACGGCGCACACUAUGGCAAGCAAGGCACCAGCGGCGAAAUCAGUGUCUUUAGCUCUUCUUCGGAUUUCUUGUCACGCGAGAUGCAGCUGUUGAGCGACCUGCGGUUUACGUGGGCCAUUGUUCAGCACCAGCGGGAUAUGCUCCAGCGGCUCUACGAAGCCCACAGAGAGCUGGUAAAGACGAUUACCGGGAACGCAAUGCGCUACACACCCGGCUUUCAGCUUGAAGACUUCUUCGAUAGGUAUUCCAACAUUGGUGGACCUGGGGGACCGACUUUCCAUUUCGAUACCGCGAACCUUAGCCUGGCAGACGAAUUGGUCGACUACUCCAACGAGCCCACUCCUUUGCCUGACAUACAAUCACCCUGGCCAACGGAAAACAGGCCAAAUCUCAAGCGGAAGAACACGUCUCAGUCUUCCAUUCAAGGCAUCCCUCUGCCCCUCACGCCUACAAUGACGGUGACGAGCUAUCCCCGCCAGUCCGUAUCCAUGCAAUCUGGCUUAAUGCCGGCACCGUCAACACCCGGCGUUGGUGCUAUGGCGGAGAUGAUGCCCGCUCAUAUGGAGGCCCAGCGGCAGCAGCACCACAUGGGUACCAUGCGCAACACUGUGGAUGUCACUUCGGCCGCCCAUCCAGCCAUGGCCGGCUUUGGACUUGGGCACCCUGCUCAUGCCGGCGUAGGAGGCAUGGCCUCCAUGGGUGGUAUGACGUUCAGUCCUGCUUUCAACUAUAAUCUUGGACCUUCACACGCAGCGGGCGGCGUCCCUCAACCACAAGUAAUCAAUGACGCGAGCGGAGGCUUCGAUGCCAUGUUCGGACCCAGCGCUUUCAAUAGCCCAGCCCAAUGGCAACCAGCAGUCGGCCAGGCGACACCGGGCGCCACCGCUCCCAGUCCAAGCACGAAGAGCAACACAGGCAGCACCGGUACAACGGAGGAGAAGGACCCUUUUAUGAGCCUCUUGGAACAGCUUGCCAACGAUGAGCAGCGGCAGAAUAGCGGGUUGAAGAGCGAGCUUGAUUUCUUCUUGACAGGCGGCAGUACUUCAUGA